AGAUCAGUGCAGAGACAAUGACCAUUCCUAUCAAUGGGAAACAAAACAUUCACUUGCUGAAAUGGCGCCCAUGCGUAUUUCACGUCCCAACAAUAAGCUUCAGUUCCGCAUUUUGCGCCUUGCGGCGCUCUAUUAUCUUUGGUCUGCACACACACGCUCGGGUGAUUUAGUCAUUGAACUCGCGGCUGGCGUUGUCGUCCGUGACUACAUCACCAGAGUCCAGUCUUUAUCUCUGUGACUGUAAAUGGAGCCCAGUGUUCACUGGUCUGGGGGCCUUAACAGUAGAAUUUGUGCACGCUACACGUGAUUCGUAAUUUCUUUAAUUUGUACACAUACUGCACAGACUACUGACGGUGCACUUGUUGCCUUUUGAUUGAGAUGGGGCUUUUAAAUCUCAGCCGGAAUCUACUGCUUCGAGCUGCUUUUUCUAAUUCGACGAGGCGGACAUUUUCCAUUGUUGGAAAUGAAGCAGAGCAAGCCAACCAACGAACCAGGGAAGAUUUAGCCACCUCGUAUCGGGGGUUUGAUUAUUAUGGAAUGGGCGAAGGGGUUUGUAAUCAUCUGACCACGAUGGCACCAGCUCGUAAUGGUCAAGGGAAGGUCAUGUUGCUCAUACCGUAUGGACUCCAUUGGAGUCAGGUAACAGCAAAGUCUCUUAUCGGUGUGGAUAUACAUUCUAUGAAACUGGUAGAAGGUGAUGGUCUUGGGGAGGCUAGUGCAGUGGCUAUCCAUUCAUCAAUGUAUCGCGCCUCGGGGGAUGCUAUCAGCUGUGUCAUGCACCUACACCCUCCGUACGCUACAGGACUUGCGUGUUUAAAAGACCCGAGGCUGAAGAUGGUCCACCAGAACAGUAUGCGCUACUUCGGUAAGAUCGCAUACGACCGUGAAUACGGAGGCACGGGGGAUACGGGGGAUGAGAGUGAACGACUCGCGAGAAAUCUUCAAGGCAAACAGAUCAUGAUCAUGUGUAACCAUGGGAUCGUUGGGGUUGGUCAAUCCGUCGCAGAAGUCUUCGAUAACGUCUAUUACUUUGAAAGAGCUGCUAUGUUUCAGAAUAAAGCCGAGUCUUCAGGCAGAGAAGUUGAGGAGGUGAGUGACAAAGUUGCGAAGGGCGUGGCCGAUUAUUUUGACGACUAUGGGAUCUCCUACAAGAUUGCUCACUUUGAAGGAAUCAAAAACCUGCUCCUAAAAAGAGAUUCUGAUUUUUUGUUGUAGGUUAUAAGUCUAUUUGGUUCGCGGUAACACCAUAAGCCAUUGUGAGGUAUGGUGGACAAAGUACUAUGGGUGUGACAAGGUUUGGGUAAAAUUAGCUUGUCUGUAAAAACCCAAAUCAAACAGUGGACUCCUAUUGUUGUCCGCCAUAUCUCAAAAAGGCUAAUGUAAUUGCCAGUUAGAUUUUGUUCUACCUAGCAAGUAGUUACCGCAAACCAAUUGAUAUCUCACCAAGCAAUGCCUCAAAUCCCAUAUGUGUAGAAUACUUUGUAAACUGUUAUGGUUUAUCCAUAGAAAUAGAACUCUGAGAACGGUGAGUGUCUCAUUGUGCGUGCAGUUUCGUUGUGAGAUAGUUUUUAUGCAUGCGCAUACGCCAUUUUUUUACGCGUGUAUGACAAAUUAUUUUGCCAUACAGUAGACGUCACAUUGACCACUGAAAACACGUAGAUCGGUCUAUGUGCGCUGCUAUCUUGCAAUUUUGCGAUACAUGCGUAUCACGCAAUGAUCAUUUUGCCAUACAGGCAUAUCGCAUGGUAUCGAUUUGCCGCGUCCACAGAUGACACAAAGGGCGGCCGAGCUCAGCGCUCUCCGGGUUCUACUUCUAUGGUUUUAUCCCAAAGAUUAUUAUUAUUCAACAACAAUUUUGAAUCUAUGCAUCUCACUUUAUUAUUAAAAGGGCCACCAUGUAUUCUUAUUCUAAGGGUUUAUUUGUUUUAGGUGUUCAAGAAACAGGCGGAACAACCAUUGUUAUUGUCCGUUGCUUUUAAAAUUAGUAUUUCUUUUGAUUAUUCUUCUCAUUGAAUCUUGCCCGCAAACAAAUGCAUAGUUGUAAACCUUGCAUAUGGUUAAGUUAAAGCCAUAAAAAAUUCCUUAUACUUAUUGUGAAACCAAUUGUAAAUGAGUGACAUGUAAUGUCUGAAUUAUAGUAAUAAUUUUAGAGAAAAAAACUACUUGGAAAGUACCAAAUUUUAUAUAUUUUUGGCAGUGGCAUAAAGUAUACAUUUUUAUUUGGUGUGUGGUUAUUUGCAAGAAGGCUUACAAUUAUGCAUUUUUCAAACAGUGUGCGUUAGUUUCCAAGUUAAACGCAUAGGUUUUGAUUGCGAAAACCUUUGAUCUCAUUUGGUGUGGUGGGUGACUGAGAAUUUAUUCCCAACUGGUUUCUAUGCCAAUGCAAACUUUGAUUAUUACUUCAAGUGUUUUUUAACUGUGUAUACAAAUUCAUCUGAUAUAUCUCAAUAUCUUUAAUGAUGUACCAUGAAACGGUAUCUAUAUAUAAUUAUGUAUAAAAUUAUGAAAUAUAUUAAAGCUUUUUACAAUAUUGGUUUUUAAGGUGGAAGGUAUGGAGACAUUGGAUGAAAUAAAUAAUUUAAUAACAAAAGACUAUUAUCUGAUUCUGAUUUGUCUUGGGAAUUCACAUGCUUUAAAGACAGUGGACACUAUUGGUAAUUACUCAAACAAAUUAUUAGCAUAAAACCUCGCUUGGUAACUUGUAAUGGCGAGAGGUUGAUAGUAAAAAACAUCUUGAGAAACGGCUCCCUCUGAAGUGAUGUAGUUUUCGAGAAAGAAGU